UGCUUUAUUUACUUCACCUCCUCUUAUAUUCCCCCUCCCCCUCCCCCUGGUUCCUCCACUUGAGGCACAUAUAUAGCUUUCUUUCCUCCUCCUCCUUAUUCAUUUUUUUGUUUUUGAGUCCAAACAAAAAAACAAGAGAGAUGAGGAACAAGCAGGAAGGAUCCGUGUUGAUAUGGUUUUUGGUUGUGGGGUUGCUUGCCCAGAACUUGGCUGUUCCUGUUAUGUCUCGAAGCUUUGAGAAUCAAAAGAACUACUACUCUCCCCCAGACCCACAUUCAGGAACUCCACCAAGUUCUCAUGGCAGUUCACCACACGGAACCACUCCCUCACAUGGUUCGGGAUCACAUGGUUCGGGUUCACAUGGUUCAGGAUGCAGCUCUGGGGGCACACCACCCUCCCAUGGAGGAUGCGAUCCAACACCAACACCAGCAUCUCCACCUCCUUCAAGUAGCAACUGUGGAACUCCACCUAGCGUGCCUACACCAUCCAGGCCAUCUCACAACCCCCCUCCUUCAGGAGGUGGCGGGAGCUACUACCCUCCCCCAACUUCAAGCGGAGGUAGUCCCCCAACCCCAGUCAUCGUAAGCCCCCCAACCACUCCAAGUAUCGUUCCCAGUCCACCUUUCAUCCCAGAUCCAAACACACCCUUCGGUGGUACAUGCAAUUACUGGAGUACUCAUCCGACGGUUGUCUGGGGUCUGUUGGGAUGGUGGUGCACGUUGGGAAGUGCCUUCGGAGUGCCUAGCGUUCCGGUCGUUGGCCCGAGCAUGAAUGUCUUGCAAGCACUUUCAAAUACACGUGCAGAUGGGCUUGGAGCUCUCUACAGAGAAGGGACAGCUUCACUGCUCAACUCCAUGGUGAAUAGCAGGUUCCCUUUCACCACUAAGCAAGUCAGGGACAACUUCAUCACUGCACUUGGCUCAAACAAGGCUGCAGCAGCUCAGGCCAGGGUCUUCAAGCUGGCCAAUGAAGGCCACCUCAAGCCCAGAACCUGAAAGUGGUCAUCAACUUUAUUUGGUCUCAGAAUUUCAUGAAAGCAUUUUAUCUGCUUGUGUGUGCUACUUAAUUAGGGUUUUAUGUGAUUCUUCGUAUCUUAUUGUGAUAUCUCUCAUGCUACAUUAUAUAUUAAAUGUUUUUAAACAUUAUUGG